UUUGGUUACUAGAAGAAACCAUUUUCUUUCAUAACAAAAGGAGAAAAGUGUGUUUACCUUCCAAGACUUGAAAAAGAUUUAAUUAUCAUUUAACAUAGAGCUAUCGUUUUCCAUUGGCUAAUCGUUCUAAACCAAACACCACCCACUCUUAAACAACAUUACCAAAUCAAUUCAAAAGGAAAUCAUAAGAACACAACAGAAGAUUAUGAUCCACCACCAUUAAUAGAAGCUUUAAGCUAUAAAAAAAAUAGAGAUUCAUUGGUAAUGGCAGAUUCCGACAUAGAGACGAGCAGCAACCACAAUAGCAACAGCAACACCAGCCGUUCAACCGCAUCGACCACGAGUGUUCAUGUUACGGCUCUCGAUGGGAUUGUAAGUGCUAAUUCUCUCUUCACGGUUGCAGUCUUUGUCGGAAUCUCCUUCGACCAGCCACGUGACCUCAGCCUCACGGACAGAUCCGAGUGCAAUGCUGGACGAGACGUGGAACGGGACCUCGUUGUGUUUGAAGUCAUCUCAUUUGCCUUCUUCCUCUUCUCCUCCCUAGUGGCUCAAGGGAUAAAGCUAUCCAUCAACCUUUUGAACAGCAAAGAAACGGACGAAGUGUUUAAAGCAAAUAUCAAUAGUGAUGUGCUUCGUUUCGGUGUGCUUGGUGCAGCUGGUGGAUGUAUCUUGGGCUGUGUGUUUCUUUUGUUGUCAAUUGUUGAUGUUAUCCAACUCCGUCUCGGGCUUCUCUCCUGCGGCAAUGCUUUGACGAUUCAUACCGUGCUAGCGCUUGUGGUCUUGGUCUCUUCUGCUCUCAGUGUUUACAUCUUCACUGUGUUUUACUCUUUCAGGAAAUGAUUGAUCUUUAAAAACCUGAUAGUUAUAGAGUAACAAUUAGUUGUGAACUCAGCAAUAUAAAUAUAUAAUACAUAUGUAUCAUGGAUAAUGUUUAAUAAAGCAACAUAUAUGAAUCAGUUGAAAAAA